UCCAACUUUACCGAUUACUAAAUACCGGCGGCAAUUUCAAGCCAUUGACGGAAGUUGAAAUACCGGCGGCAAUUUCAAUUGUUGAAUUGCAUAGCCAUUGGCGGAAGUUGAAGAAGAGCAGAGUCUUAUCAAUCAGCUUAUAAAUUGCUGAUAGGCUUCACCAGAAGAGGUUUAUUUGCUUGAGUGAAGACCUUUUUGAUAUAAGAGAUGUACUAGUACAUGAGAACUUGCCUUCGUGUGUGGUAAAUGGUACCAGAAAUUCUUGGUUCACUAUUGCAUCAUUGUUCUAAGACCAAGGCAUUCCAUUAUGGACUCUCUCUUCAUGCAGCUGCAAUCAAGUCAGGCUUACAAGGUGAUGUUCUCAUAUCCAAUCACAUCCUCAACAUGUAUGCCAAGUGUGGAAAUAUUAACUUUGCCAGUCAGAUUUUUAAUGAGAUGUCCAAAAGAAAUCUUGUUACCUGGUCAGCCAUGAUCGCUGGUUAUGAUCAAGAUGGUAAACACCUCAUGGCUAUCAGCCUCUACUCCCAAAUGCCACUAGAGCCCAAUGAAUUUGUCCUUGCUAGUGCUCUUAGUUCAUGUGCUAACCUCUUGGCCUUGAAACUUGGUAGACAAAUACAUUCCCAGUCUAUCAAAUUAGGCUGUUCAUCCAUUUCGUUUGUGUCCAACUCUCUGAUCUCAAUGUACAUGAAAAAUGGUCAAUGUAGUGACGCUCUAUCAGUUUUUGCAUUGACACCCACUCCUACUGAUGUCUCUUACAACACAAUCAUAAUGGGUUUGGUAGAAAGUAAUCAAAGAGAGAAAGCAUUUGAAGUCUACAAAAGUAUGUGCCAACAACGGUUGGUUCCGGACCGCUUUACCUUUGUUGGCUUAUUAGGAACCUGCAAUACUGCACAUGAUUUAGGGAAAGGAAUGCAAUUGCAUAGCCAAACAAUCAAGCUCAAACUUGAUGGGACCGCCUUUAUAGGCAAUAUAAUAAUGACAGUGUACUCAAAUUUGAACUUGUUAAAUGAAGCUGACAAAAUUUUCAGAUCAAUCAAAGAGAAAGAUGCCAUUUCAUGGAAUACUCUCAUUGCUGCUUGUUCUCGUUGUGAUGAUCAUUCUAAGGCCUUGGUUGUUUUUAGAGAGAUGGUCGAAUAUUUUGAUGGAGGGCCUGAUGAGUUUACUUAUGCUAGUCUGCUUUCUGCAUGUGCUGGCAUGGGUUCGAUGCAAUUUGGGCAGCAAAUACAUGCUCAUCUUAUUAGAAAAAGCUCAAGUGUAGAUAUUGGUGUUGUCAAUGCCCUUGUGAACAUGUAUGCUAAAUGUGGCUGUAUCCAGUAUGCAUAUACAACUUUUAGGCUAAUGAUUUCUCGUAACCUUGUCUCAUGGAAUAGUGUCAUUGCUGGAUUUGCUAACCAUGGCCACGGAAAAAAAGUUAUAAAAUUAUUCGAGGAGAUGAAGAGUGUUGGUUUAAAGCCUGAUUCUGUCACAUUUCUCGGACUUCUAGUCGCUUGUAAUCAUGCAGGGCUUGUAGAUGAGGGCCUAUAUUACUUCAAUACCAUGAACGAGAUUUAUGGGGUUACUCCCGACAUUGAACAUUUCUCUUGCCUCAUUGAUUUACUAGGACGAGCUGGGAGACUGAAAGAUGCUGAAGAAUACAUGCAAAGGUACCCCUUUGGGCAUGAUUCAGUUGUUUUAGGUUGCUUACUUUCAGCUUGUCGGCUGCAUGGUGAUGUUGUAAUUGGGGAAAGAAUGGCUAAGAAGCUCCUACAGCUUCAGCCAGUUUCUACUUCGCCUUAUGUUUUGUUAUCAAACUUAUAUGCUUCAGACGAGAAGUGGGAUAGUGUAGCAGAGGCAAGAAAAAUGCUGAAGUGUUGUGGUUUAAAGAAGGAGGCGGGUCAUAGUCUCAUUGAAGUGAAGGGAUCUGUUGAGAAGUUCACAAUUGGCAAUUUUGCGAACUCGAGGAUUGAGGAAAUCGUGAAUGUGCUUGGAACUUUAGGCUGUGGAUGGGAUGAAGAAAUUAUCCUCCUUGAUUCAGCAUAGGAAAGGCAGAUCUUUUCCCACUGCUUCAGCACUAUUGUGAACAUUAAGCUCGGCAUGUACGAAGGAUUUCUGAAAUGACAGAUUUUACUGAACUAACAAAGUCUGACAGGUCGAGUUUUGUGACUGCAAUCACCCUCUGCUUUGGUAACAGCUGAGUUUGUUGCCCUCAUUCUUUAGGGAUGGAUUUGGCAUUUUGAUCCCCACUGACUGAAAUUUUCCUCUUUAAGAUACAUAUAUCAACACUCAUGGAAGUACAUCAUCCAUAAGCAUCAGCAGAUCAUUAAAGAUGAAUAUAUUUGUAUUGUUCAACAAGAGUCUGCAGCAACAAGCUGCGAAAAGUCAAUCCCCAUACAGUAUACUUGACACUAAUAGAAGUUACAAAGUGAAGUCGCGGUGGUGCCUCACUGCCUCUCUAGCCAUGGGUGUUUGGCUAAGAAAUUCCUCAGAGAUUAUAGGAGUUGCAUCAAAGCUGUAAAUUUUUGGUGAAAUAUUCUUUAAAUACCAGUCUGCGUUGAUGGGCAAUGAAACAAUACGUUUACAAGGUUGAUAUCAGCAAGACGGAUCCCUUUUUCUUUUUUUUUCACUCUUCUUUCAUGUAGCACAAUGUGAAAUAAGAAAAUUUUAUGAUUUCUCUGCAACACUAAACUUACUAUACCCA